AUGACAUCAGUUACAAAUGUAGCAGGAAUGAAACAUCCAUCUAUACAAGAAGAAUCGUCAUCUGUUAGUAGUGUAAUGGAAGAGUUUCAAGAUUUGGUUGAUAUUGGUGAACAUGCAACUUGGUUGUUGUCAUCUGCAAAGCCUGGUUUUGGUGUUGACCAACUUCGUGAUGAGAGUCUAUCUACUUUUUGGCAAUCAGAUGCACCACAACCUCAUACAAUUAGUAUUCAAUUCAACAAGAGAUAUGAAAUAGAGAAUAUUCUAUUGUACACUGACCAUAAACUAGAUGAAAGUUAUACUCCUUCAAAGAUAUCCAUCAAGGCUGGUACUACUUUUCAUGAUUUAGAGGAAAUAAUAUCAACAGAGUUGGAAGAACCAUCUGGAUGGAUCAAUAUACCAUUAAAUGAACAAAGAAGACUAAAGGCAAACCUAGUUCAAAUAUCGAUACACUCUAAUCAUCAGAAUGGAAGAGAUACUCAUCUUCGUCAAGUUAAAGUUUUGGGAAAGAAAUGUACAAUAGAGUCACAAUUGAAAAUACCAAUGUUUGCUCAAUCAGAAUUAAAUAUGUUUAAUACUAUUCGAUGA